AAGACCACAGCGGCCCGAAAGACCACGAAAGCGCGGUCCUGCCUUCCCGCUCUGUUUUGUAGGCGUGGCCGGAGGCGGUAAAGCAAGAUGUUUUCUGCCGGAAGCCUCACUUGCUGCCUCGUUGCACUGCGGACCGAUUUCGCUUUCGGCGACGCCAUGCCCAAGUGCCCUCGUUGUCAAAAGGAGGUCUAUUUUGCUGAAAAGGUCACCUCCCUCGGGAAAGAUUGGCACCGGCCAUGUUUGAAGUGUGAAAAAUGCAAGAAGACCUUAAAUGCAGGUGGCCAUGCAGAACAUGAUGGGAAACCUUAUUGCAACUACCCCUGCUAUGCUGCACUGUUUGGGCCCAAAGGAUUUGGCCGUGGAGGUGCUGAAAGCUACACUUUCAAUUAAAACUUAGGAAUGGAAGGAUGAAUUUUGCUGAUUCCAGGCGGAGUUUAUAAGAAAUAUAACCACCCUGUUUUUCACUAGAAGUGAAUAUAACGAAGACUUCAAAAAGGGAGAAGGGGAUGAUAAUUGAAUGGGGGGGUUUCUGUUUAACAUAAGUUGAGAAAUAUAAUCAUGUGGAAACUAGGAAAUAAUAGCAUUGGGGGCAUCAUAGGAAAGCAUGGAAGUUUUACAAAAUCAAAGCCUGCUUUAGAUACUUCCUUUUGUUCUUAUUUUUCUACCUUA